AUGGCUGCAUUACGAGUAAUCGGAGGCCGGGACGCGCUGAGGGAAGAGUUCCCUUUUGCUAUUAAACUUGAAAUAAAGGAAGAGAAUCUUGUAGAAGAUAAAAUUGUAGUUAAUUAUGAACCAUUAUGCACAGGAGCUGCAUUAACAUCUGAGUGGAUUUUAUCUGCAGCUCACUGCUAUGAUAAAACUCUCAAAACAUUUGCAAGAUUCAACAGUUAUUUUCCAAAAGAAAAGGGUCAAAUAAGCCCUAUUCUAGAUGUACAUAUUCAUCCACAAUAUAUAGAAUACAAAUUUUCUGCAUAUUAUGAUAUGGGACUAUUUCGAAGUAAAAAUAUAUUAGUUUCUCGUUACGCCAAAAUUAGUGCAUUAGACUAUACGGCUCUAUUUGGUCACGAAGUUAAUAUUCUUGGAUUUGGAGCUACAAAUGCAUCAAUAAAUGAAAAACCGUUGCAAGUUCUAAACGGAAUGAUAAAUAAGUGUUCUAGUGUAACAAAUAAUUUCAAGAUAUUGUAUGAAUAUUCGCCACUAUGCGUAGUUUCUUCGUGCAGGGUAGAAGCUACGAUAUGUGGAGGUGACUCUGGAGGUCCUGUGGUUCAUCCAUCCGGUAUAGUGGGAGUUAAUUCAAUGGCAGAAAAUGGUUGUGAUGAAUUCACCACUAGCUUAGAGUUAGCGCCGGGUACUUCGGCUAGCAUAAUAGCAGUAGUUAGCAGCGCUUUAGAUUGGAUUUCUAACAUUAUUUCCAUGAAAAUAGCUGCAUGA